AUGCCAGACCUAGUGCUUCAUGGGAUUGCCAAUGCUGAAAAACUGAAGCAAUGCCUGACAGCCAGCCUGGCGCACUCCACACUACACCCUGUGUUGGAUGAACCUCUUGCAGAAGCUGUGUGUAUUGUGGCAGAUACUGAUCGAUGGAGUGUCCAGGUUGUCAGCAGCCAGAAGACCACUGUGGACAACACCAAACUUGGCACAGAUGUCUUGGUGUCUAGUCAAGUGUGCAACUUACUUCAGACCAUUUUACACCUAUAUAAACUCAAAACCCCACCUGUAUUUUGUGUGAUGUAUCUAGAAGACAAAUUACAAGAGCUGUAUUUCAAGAGUAAAAUGUUGUCAGAGUAUUUAAGG